CGGCCGAGGCGCCCGGCGCCGGCGCCGGCAUGGAGCGCUCGCAGAGCCGCCUCAGCCUGUCAGCCUCCUUCGAGGCUCUUGCCAUCUACUUCCCAUGCAUGAACUCCUUCGACGAUGAGGACGCGGGGGACAGCCGGAGGCUGAAGGGGAUCCAGAGGAGCACAGAGACGGGCCUGGCGGUGGAGAUGCCCAGCCGGACGCUGCGCCAGGCCAGCCACGAGUCCAUCGAGGACAGCAUGAACAGCUACGGCUCCGAGGGCAACCUUAACUAUGGGGGAGUCUGCUUGGCAUCGGACGCGCAGUUCAGUGACUUCCUGGGCAGCAUGGGGCCGGCGCAGUUUGUGGGCCGCCAGACCCUGGCCACCACACCGAUGGGGGAUGUGGAGAUUGGCUUGCAGGAGCGGAAUGGUCAGCUCGAAGUGGACAUCAUCCAGGCUCGGGGACUGACGGCCAAGCCAGGCUCCAAGACACUGCCAGCGGCCUACAUCAAGGCCUACCUGCUGGAGAAUGGCGUCUGCAUUGCCAAGAAGAAGACCAAAGUUGCUCGCAAGUCACUGGACCCAUUGUAUAACCAGGUGCUGCUGUUUCCUGAGAGUCCCCAGGGCAAAGUCCUGCAGGUGAUCGUGUGGGGGAACUACGGGCGGAUGGAGCGGAAGCAGUUCAUGGGUGUGGCCCGCGUGCUGCUGGAGGAGCUGGACUUGACCACCCUUGCCGUGGGCUGGUACAAGCUCUUCCCCACCUCCUCCAUGGUGGACCCAGCCACGGGCCCCCUGCUUCGGCAGGCAUCCCAGUUGUCCCUUGAGAGCACCGUGGGACCCUGCGGCGAGCGAUCUUAGUGCCAGGGAUGGGGAGGGGCUCCCCGAGAUGGCCUGGAGACCACCCAGCCCCGACCUGGGACCCUGGGCCCAGGGGCACCUCGAACAGAGGACGACGGGGUUCUCUCCCACAGUGAGGAAGCAAAACGGGGAGACCCGCCCCCCUUGGGACCCUCCUCACCCCUUCUUUGCCUCCUAUCCCCUGAGACCUUUCCUCUCCCAGUGGGAUUGGCUGCACUUUUGACUUGGCCAGUUCAUGACCUGGUGGAUGUGGCUGCAGUCCGGAGAAGGGAAAGACCGAGGUGGCAGAGCAAACCACUCUCCUGCCCCAGAUGCCGUCUGACGGCUCCCCCUUUUUGCAUACUCGGAAGCUCGCUGCCCGGAGCCACGUCCAGAACCCAGCGGCCGUCUCCAUGGUGCCAACUACCAGCAAGUGUCUUUCCUGCGGCACCGGGUUCAGGCAGCUGCACCUGCCCCAAAGCUGAUGGGGCAGCUUUGCAAGAAUCCGGAGCCAGCUUAGGGGGGCCCACAGCCCCACCCCCCACCACCGUUUGAAGAGGAGCUCUGGCCUCCCUCCGCCUGCCAGUGGAAGGAGUUUUGCCGCAGCCUGUCCGAGUCCAUCUGUCUGUCCCCUCCCGCCUGCCCCUCUUCCAGUGGAACUGGAAUCCUACAGGGACAGAGGAAAGGAGGUGCCCGGGGCCUGGCACAGACCCCCAAGGUGCCUUGCUCUGUGGGACUGAAACAAGUUUUUUUGGAAACUGUGGGACUGGAAGAAGCCCGUUGGUCAUCUGUGUUUUGGUGGACGAGCUGCAGGACCCUGAUUUUCCAGAACCCUGAGCCCAGAGAGCUUACUGGCUCUGCAUUUUGGGGUGCUGCUGGGUUGGGGAGGGAGUCCAGGGAAAGCGGGGGUUGGGACUGGUGGUGUCAAGGUGAGGGCUUCCCAAAGAGGAGACUCCCUUCUUGUUGGAUGAGGUCAAAGGCCAUCUUGUGUAUUCCUCUGCCUCCAGUAGAGGGGUCUGGGGAGGCAACGGAGCUCCCCUAUUUUAGUCUUUUUAAACAAACCACGUGUACUAUGAGCAGAACCCACUGCCCCGGCCUCAAUCACCUUGGCUCAAGGAGAGAAGGAGAGGAGAGGUAUGAGUCUCAGAGCCGGGAGAAUCCUUCUCAAGCAGGCCUGGGCAGCUGCCUUCCUGGCCCAGCCCUCCCCGGGGCCUCCGGAAGCCCUUUUGCAUGCUGGGGAGGACCCGGGCUGGCCCCUCUUUAUAGAAGCACAUUUCUGCCACCUCCCCUGGGAGGCACCCAGCAGCCCACCACCCCUCAUUGCCCAGUCCCUGCUGUGUAGGGCGUAGUCCAGGUUAGCUGGGUAGAGUUAGUGUUCCAAGCCCUGGGCCCUGUUCUUAGCUCGCACAUAGUUCUCACAGAGUCCCAGGACGGGGUGGAGAGGAGACACAAGUACAUUCCAGGAGACCACCGCUCCUUGCUGGCCUGGGCCUGGGGCUCAGGGGGCCUGCCAUUCCUUCUCCCACCGCCUUCCCCUCCCCCUGUAGGGUUGUAGCUGGAGCUGCCCACUAUACUCAGACAUUCUGAUUUAUCGUCCUUGGCACUGGUUUCAGUUAUGAAGCAUUCCUGAGGAUGUGGGCUUUGGUGGAGGGGGUCUGGAUGCUGUCAGAAGGGGGUCGUUUUCUGCUGAGGACACCAGGCUGUCUGGUCCCACCUUGGCCCUGGUUCCACUAUCGGCUACUGACCAGGUGAUUCCUUCACCUGGAAUCCCUCCCUUCCCCCCCCACACCCCCACAGCCUGUCUGAGCCCUGGGCGCCCCUUCAAGUCUGGUUUAGUUCGAUCACCUCCAUGGAGCUUCUCACGCUGCACCAGGAAGGGGCGAUGGGGAGGCCUCUCCACCCAGGAGGCCGUCCGAGUUUGGGGGCUUGUGGGGGUGGAACCCCAAGAAUCAGGCAGGAGGCAGCCGGGCUCUGGAUGGACUCGCAUCUGAGGCCCAGAAUCAACCCCUCACCUUUUUUUUUUUUUUUUAAACCAGCGUGAUUUCUCUGCUAUUCGUUUAUUACUCGCCAUUUGGAAUAUUUUGAGCCAGGAGAGCACCUUCUCUCUCUGCAGCCAUCACCGCUCUGGUUGUACAGGGGUAGUUUCCAAGGACGGGGCAAAGCCAGGCUGUCCCAACCAGGAGGAGAGGGAGCUCGGCGCCCCCCAGCCUGAGCCCACCCUCUGGGGUCUGCACAGCCUUUCUAAAGAGAGAGAGAGAGCUCCAAAGCAAUAACAACAUCCUGGGGGUGGUCCCCGAGGGCCCCCUCACGGAUUUCCUUGUUUGUUCUGUGAAAUCUCAGCCCGCCUCCCGGAGGGGUGGGGUGAGUGGGGGCUGGAGCCCUUUUUCUUUGUAUCAUCAUCGUGAGCACGUGCCCCCUUCCAAGGGGUUCAGACCAUUUGGCGUGGGAACCACUGUCCGUCCUCACCCAGGGAUAGGGGUUGGGGAAGGGGUGACUAUUCUCAUUAUUAGCUUCGGGAACCUUCAAGCCCAGCCUGUCCCCACUGCUGUCAGAUCCUUUGCAGCUUAAACUCCACCAUUCGA